AACCCUUUAAUAUUCACAGAGCAUGACUCUAGACAAACAACUUUUUAUCCACUACUCGUACAAUGAAGAGGAGAGCUGUUCCAGUUUUGGAGGAAGAGAAAGGGAGGCCAAGGAGGAGCGGGAGAAAGGAAGGAGACCUCACCAAGAGGGCUUUGAAGCCAGCGUGAAUAACAUAUGAUUAUUACCCAAUGUUAUUAUAAAAAUAAAGGGACUUUGUUGAGAAGCCCUCUGACCCAUUCCGGCUCUUAGAAUUCUGACCAUUUCACUUGCUGCCUGUUAAUUAAUUUAUAGCCUGCAAAGAAUGAAAUUGUGCUAGAUCUCUGGCCAAAAAUGUAUCACAAACAAGCGCCAAGAUAUGCAGGGCCUUAAGAAGUUGUGUUCGCAUCUUAAGAAUGAUGGAAAGGCACUGAUGGAUUUGACCAGCGUGAGGGCAUUAGACUAGUGUUUCAAAGCCUCACUGCAGAGAACUGGAGAUUAUCCAUUUUGUGAGAUUCUCUAUGUCACUUCUCCUCACGGGAAAUCAAGAAAGGGCAGCAUUUACUCCAUGAGACUUCAAGUCUUGCAGCAGAGCCUCUCAUUCUUCAAACAAGAGGCCUCAGAGCUCUUUGGAGAAUUUCCCACUGCUCUCCAGGCUUUUCCCUUAAAUACCCAGCAUAAAAAAGGAGGGGAUGUGGAUCUGAAAGGGGGCCCUCAGCUCAGGGCUCUUUGCUUUCCUCCCCACGAGGCCCUCUGGCCCUUACCUAGACUCUCAACCAGGCUGUGGGAAAUGGCCUGGAGACCAAGAGAAAGUUGGAGGGGGAAGCUAGGUCAGGCAGGGUGAUGCUGGGUUCAGGAAAAAAAAAACAGCCUUGUUCAAGGCACUGAGGGUUUCGUAACUCGAUUAUGCCCAUUUUCAACCUGGCCGAGAGCCUGGACUGAGGGCUGGAGAUGCUGGGGUAGAGCUGCCAGGAAGGCCGGGAAACCGUGGGGAGGACAGCAAGGCGGGGGGAGGCCCAGCCGCACACCCCGGGAACCCCCAGAUCCUGGCCCUGAAGGUUACUCUACUGGGAGGUGCCUCCUAAAGACCUGCACCAAUGUUUCAAAACUCCAGAAUUUCUCAAUCCUCCUUCAUGGCCCAAAGCGCCCCUCCCCCUCCACUCCUUAGCCUCCUAGUUUCUCAAUUGACACACAGCUCAGAUCUGGUAACAGGAUAGUUUGGGGUGCGGGGGAGUGCGGUGAGAUAGGUAUAAAAAGGAAGUUGGAGGCCCAGGCAGCCAGGCACCAACCCCCCUCCCCGGGAAGUGCAGGAAGAAGCUCUGCCGUGGCCGGAAUGUGCCUGAGGGUGGCUCAGACAGGCUUUGCAGUCCUGGUGCUGCUCCAGUGCUGCUCUGCAUACAAGCUGGUCUGCUACUAUACCAGCUGGUCCCAGUACCGGCAGGGUGAUGCCAGCUGCUUCCCAGAUGCCAUCGACCCCUUUCUCUGCACCCACGUCAUCUACAGCUUUGCCAACAUAAGCAACAAUGAGAUCGACACCUGGGAGUGGAAUGAUGUGACACUCUAUGACACGCUGAACUCGCUCAAGAACAGGAACCCCAAACUGAAGACCCUGCUGUCUGUUGGAGGAUGGACCUUUGGUUCUCAGAGAUUUUCCAGAAUAGCCUCUAAGACCCAGAGUCGCAGGACUUUCAUCAAGUCGGUGCCUCCAUUUCUGCGGACCCAUGGCUUUGAUGGGCUGGACCUGGCCUGGCUCUACCCUGGACGGAGAGACAAGAGGCAUUUCACCACCCUGGUCAAGGAAAUGAAGGCCGAGUUUGCAAAGGAAGCCCAGUCGGGAACACAGCAGCUCCUGCUCAGCGCAGCAGUGUCCGGGGGCAAGGUCACCCUUGACAGUGGCUAUGACAUCCCCCAGAUAUCCCAACACCUGGAUUUCAUCAGCCUCAUGACCUACGACUUUCAUGGAGCCUGGCGUCAGACCACAGGACAUCACAGCCCCUUGUUCAAAGGCCAGGAGGAUGCAAGUCCUGACCGGUUCAGCAAUGUUGAUUACGCUGUGGGGUACAUGUUGAGGCUGAGGGCCCCAGCCAAUAAGCUGGUAAUGGGCAUCCCCACCUUUGGGAAGAGCUUCACCCUGGCCUCCUCCGAGACCGGGGUGGGAGCUCCAACCUCGGGGCCAGGAAUAGCAGGCCGCUUCACCAAGGAGGAAGGCAUCCUCGCCUACUAUGAGGUCUGUGACUUCCUCCCAGGAGCCACAGUCCACAGACUCCUUGGCCAGCAGGUCCCCUACGCCACCAAGGGCAACCAGUGGGUGGGGUAUGAUGACCAGGAAAGCAUUAAAAGCAAGGUGCAGUACCUGAGGAACAGGCAGCUGGCAGGUGCCAUGGUAUGGGCGCUGGACUUGGAUGACUUCCGGGGCUCCUUCUGUGGCCAGAAUCAGCGCUUCCCCCUGACGGGCACCAUCAAGAAUGCUCUCCUUGCAGCUUAGACUCCCUUCCUGGCCCUUCCGCUGUCCCUUCCCUCUGCACACAGUGGGGCCAGGGAUGCCACGCGCCUAAUUGCAGCUGGCCAGAAGCCUGAUCACUGUUCUGUUGAGUCCCAAGCUGAGCCUCAGUCUCCCUUCCUUGGAUCCUGUGCAAAGAGCCACAGCUCUGAGACUUGGGCUCAGCUCUGGGGAACAAGAGGUGGGGUGGGACUGCGGGCCAGUGAAGGCCUCAAAGCCGGCACCGUGUAAGGCACAGGAUCAGUACACACUUGCUAAUUAAUGAAAAUGCUUACUGACCCCAAGCCCUGCACAAGGGAAUUUCUUCAACUCCCAGACCACAGCCUACUUGCCAAAAGAUACCAUUUGUAGCUCUGCCUCAAAUAGCCAGACACCUUACAAGAAGCCGGGCCCAUGCUAAUUAUACUCUAUGCAAAGCCCAACUUGAAGCCUUUCCCCAGGAACAUAAUCAUGUCUCCCAUCCCACUUCCCUUUCCUAAUUCCACAGCUGCUCAAUAAAGUACAAAAGCUUAACAA